GGCGACUACAACCACCUGCAGGCGUUCUACAGCCAGGAGAACAAGGUGCUCUACCUGGUCCUCACCGCCAUCGGCGACAGCCACCAGCUGCUUCAGGCCUACAAGGACCUGGAGGCCAUGGGGGGCGCCCGGGGCUCGGCGGGCCUCGGGGGCCCGGCCGGCUCCCCGCUGCCCCACGCGGAAGCCCACGAGUUCUGGAAGCAGCAGGAGAAGACGCACUGCCUGAACCUUCUCUACCUCUUCUCCGUCUGCCACAUCCUGCUGAUGGUGCACCCCACCUCCUCCUUCGACAUCACCUACGACCGGGUCUUCCGGGCCCUGGACGGCCUGCGCCAGAAGGUCCUGCCCACCCUCAAGGCCGCCAUCAAGGACUGCCCCGUCGGCAAGGACUGGAAGCUCUUCUGCCGGCCCUGCCCGCCUCGCCUGCUCUUCCUGUUCCAGCUCAACCGGGCCCUGAAAGUGGAGCCUCCCCCGGGCCGGGGGCAGGAGCUCGGGGGCCCGCUGGAGAAGCCGCCCCCCAAGAAACACUCGCCCAAGCGGCGGCUCCAGCACGCCUUGGAGGACCAGAUCUACCGCAUCUUCCGCAAGAGCCGGGUCCUGACCAACCAGAGCAUCAACUGCCUCUUCACGGUCCCGGCCAACCAAGCUUUCGUCUACAUCGUAGCUGGCGGGGCCCAGGAGGGUGAGGACCCCAUCGCCGUCUUGCUGGAGCAGCUGAGAGGCAACUGCACGGCCCGGGAGGCCGACACCUCGCUGGGCCCGGCCUUGGCGGGGCCGCGGCGGUACCAGAUGAUGAGGCACGGGAGACAGCCGUUGUCCUUCCACGCUGAGAGCAGCGGCGGCGGCAGCGGGAGCAGCGGUUCCAGCUCCUCCGGUCAGCUGGUGGACUGCACCUUGAAGGAAUUCUUGUUCCAGCAUGUGGAGCUGGUCCUUUGCAAAAAGGGCUUUGAUGACAGCGUGGGGAGGAACCCCCAGCCUUCCCACUUCGAGCUGCCAACCUACCAGAAGUGGGUCGCCACAGCCCUGAAGCUUUACGAGGUGGCUAUUGAAGGCAAGGAGAGCGACUCCUCUCCAGGCGGGGAGCUCACCUCCAAGAUCAUGGGCAGCAUCAAGGUUCUGGAGGGCUAUUUGGACAUCGACACCAAGUUCUCCGAGAACCGCUGCCAGAAGGCCCUUCCCAUGGCCCACAGUGCCUACCAGUCCAACCUGCCUCAUAACUACACAAUGACCAUCCACAAGAGCCAGCUCUCCCAGGCGCUGCGGGUCUACAGCCAGCACGCCCGAGGUCCGGCCUUCCACAAAUACGCCCUUCAGUUGCACGAAGACUGCUACAAGUUCUGGAGCAACGGGCACCAGUUGUGCGAAGAGAGGAGCCUGACGGACCAGCAUUGCAUGCAUAAAUUCCAUUUGCUACCCAAAGCGGGGGAGAAACCAGAACCGGAUCGGAAUCCCCCAGUGUUGCACCAUAACAGCCGGGCCCGUUCUACCGGUGCCUGCAACUGCGGGAGGAAACAAGCGCCCCGGGACGAUCCCUUUGACAUCAAAGCUGCAAAUUAUGAUUUCUAUCAGCUGCUGGAAGAGAAAUGUUGCGGAAAGCUGGACCAUAUCAACUUCCCCGUGUUUCAGCCCAGCACGCCAGAUCCGGCCCCAGCCAAGAAUGAGACUUCACCCAGCCCUCCCGAAGGGGAAGCUGAAAAGCUGAAGGAAAAGGAGCCCCAAACCCAGGGGGAGAGCACCAGUCUCAGUUUGGCCCUCAGUCUGGAUCAAUCCACGGAUAGUUUAGGGACCUAUCCCGCAGAUCCGCAGGGCGGAGGCAACAACACAGAAGCUCACGGGCCGGUGGCCGAAUCGAAAGGCGAGAAGCGAGCAAGCUUGGUCGACCGGCAGCCCUCCACGGUGGAAUAUCUGCCCGGGAUGCUUCACUCCAAUUGCCCCAAAGGUCUUCUCCCCACCUUCUCCAGCUGGUCCCUGGUGAAGCUUGGCCCUGCCAAAGCAUACAACUUCCAUGCAGGCUUGGAUCAACAAGGCUUCAUUCUGGGGACCAACUACUUAAUGCCCUGGGACAUUGUCAUCCGGACGCGGACGGAUGAGGAGGGUGACCUGGACACCAAUUCUUGGCCAGCCCCUAACAAGGCCAUUCCAGGGAAAAGGAGCGCUGUGGUCAUGGGGAGAGGAAGGCGGCGGGACGACGUGGCUCGGGCUUUCGUGGGCUAUGAAUACGAAGAUGCCCGGGGCCGGAGGUUCAUGUGCUCAGGGCCGGAGAAGAUCAUGAAAGUGAUGGGAGGGGGGCCCAAGGAAUCAGCCGUCAAAGCCCUCAAUUCUGACAUGCCCCUCUACAUCCUCUCAUCCAACCCAGGGAGGGGACUGAAGCCACACUAUGCUCAGCUGAUGAGGCUCUUUGUGGUGGUUCCUGAUGCUCCGCUCCAAAUAAUACUAACCCCCCAGGUACAGCCCGGGCCACCUCCUUGCCCUGUAUUUUAUCCAGAGAAACAAGAGAUAACUCUUCCGCCCGAUGGGCUGUGGGUCCUUCGCUUUCCUUACGCCUAUGUGACUGAACGCGGCGCAUGCUUCCCUCCAAAGGAGAACCAGCAGCUGAUGAAUUACAAGGUGCUUCGAGGAAUCCUAAAGGCAGUGAUACAAUAGGAUUCUUUAGACCUUGCUAACUGAAUUGGCUCUGCAAUUCUUGGGGUUUUUUUUUUAAUUUCCUUGCCCCCUUCCCCCGGCUGAAUUGAGUUGAAAUGAUGGAUUUUGAUCGCAUACAGCUGGUAUGUUUACAGAAAUCACUGGUUUAAUUUGGCAGAGUCACCAUGCAGCGUACAAAAUCUCAGUAUUGAUACGACGUGUAAGUGCCAAGUCCUGUUCAGAACGUUAUAAUCGUGGGUGUGUCGGCGGUAUGGCACAUCUAAGUUCUAGCGUGCCAAGCUCUGUUGAUUGAAAUGAAGGAAGGAAAAAAAAAAUAAAACAUUUGUUUCUCCAUCGUUAA